UAAACAGUUCAGUCGUUAUUUAGUGUAAAUACUGAAUAUUAAAUCAUGUUAUUUAAAAUAGUUAUUUUUGUUUGUUUGUGUAUGUUUAGUGCACAGAAUGAUCAGGUUCUACUUAAUGUACCGGAAGGACACCAAUGUUUCUGGAACGGGAUGGCUGGAAAGUGUACCCCAAUAUUAACCUGCAAGUCAGCCAAAGAUGCUAUAAGGAGAAAAAUCCAUCCUCCCAUAUGCAGUUUUGAAGGAGUAAACCCUAUAGUAUGCUGUAUAGAAUGUGAGCAGACGCACAGUAAUCAAGUUCCAGACUAUGAAAUAGACUCAAGAUUUAACGAAUCAAGCAUCAAGGCGAGAAAGUAUUGCUUAAAAUACUUGGCAAAAUUAAGCUAUCCGUGCCGUUUUGUUCCAAGAUAUCUGCCUGAAGAGAAGGUGGAUCCUGAGAGGAACUGCUACCAGGAGGACCCGUCUCCAAAAGAUGAUGGCACCACCGAGGCUAUUGAAGAUUAUAUUUCUACCACUGAAAGUAGUGGUUUGUUAUAUCUGAACCGUUACUUCUAUCAACCUUUACCUCCAAUAAGUUUUGGUUUUGAUGCUCAACGCAGCCAGUUUCCUCAUAUGGCUCUGCUGGGGUAUGGUGAGGUCAUGGAGACGGCGCAGUGGCUGUGUGGAGGCUCCGUCAUCAGUGAGCGAUACAUCCUCACUGCCGCACACUGCAUAUCCAGUCCUGCUGCAGGUCCCGUGAAGUACAUAGCAGUGGGCAUGUUAAGGCGUUCAGACCCUCCGGCUUUCUGGCGACGGCACCGCGUGAGGAGUAUAGUUCCUCACCCAGAGUAUGUUCCUCCUUAUAAGUACCACGAUAUUGCACUACUGGAAACUGAUACUGAUAUUCAGUUCGACGACUCCGUGCUGCCCGCGUGUCUCCACUCGGAGCCGAACCCUGCUGCUGCAGCAGAGGCCUCCGGGUGGGGGGCACUCGGUCACCGCCAGGGGUUGGCUGACAAUCUACAGGCCGUGAAACUAGAGAGAUACGAUGAAGAAACCUGCUCCCAACUGUAUCCCAAGCACAGGCAUUUGGUUCACGGUUACAACCACACCACACAGAUGUGCUAUGGAGAUUAUGAGAAGCCGAAAGAUACAUGCGAGGGUGACAGCGGGGGUCCUCUCCAAAUAGCAAACGACGUGUUAAGCUGCGCGUACGACAUCAUCGGUGUGACGUCAUACGGGCGUCAGUGUGGCGUCACCGCGGGCUCCGGGAUCUACACCCGGGUGUACCACUACUUACCCUGGAUUGAGAGCGUCGUAUGGCCUUGAAGAACUUUUGAAAUGUCAGUGAUAUUAAGCAUAGAGUAGGGUGCGUUCAAACCAAACUGACUGUCAGCCGCCGAAACCGUAUGUCAGGUUUAUAUUAAAUUGUUGUCUUCAAAUGCGCUCCGACG